CUGGAGCCCAGAGCCGCACCACUGACCAGUCCAUUCCCCCAACCCGGAAUUCUGCCUUUCCUGCCGCGCCAUGGCCGGAACCACCGCCGCAGCUCCGAUGGACAUCGACGCCGCCGCCGUGCGGCCGGCCACCAAGGGCAAGGCGACCCUCUCCGCUGCCGCCGCCGUCAAAUCUUCGCCGUGGGUCGAGAAGUACCGCCCCCAGUCCCUCGCCGACGUCGCCGCCCACCGCGACAUCGUGGACACCAUUGAUAGGCUUACAGAUGAGAAUAGGCUUCCACAUUUGUUGCUCUACGGUCCACCUGGCACUGGGAAAACAUCAACGAUACUAGCUGUCGCGAGGAAGAUAUAUGGCUCGCAGUAUGGCAACAUGAUUCUUGAGCUCAAUGCAUCAGAUGAACGUGGGAUUGGUGUUGUAAGGCAGCAGAUACAGGACUUUGCUAGUGCACACAGCCUCUCUUUUGGAGCAAAGCCUGCUGUUAAGUUGGUCCUCUUGGAUGAAGCCGAUGCCAUGACCAAGGAUGCACAAUUUGCAUUGCGAAGAGUCAUUGAGAAGUAUACAAGGAGCACAAGGUUUGCACUGAUAUGCAACCAUGUGAACAAAAUAAUUCCAGCACUACAAUCAAGGUGCACUAGGUUUAGAUUUGCUCCACUUGAUGGCACUAAUGUUAGUGAGCGUCUUCAACAUGUAAUAAAAUCUGAGGGACUUGAUGUCGAUAAGGGUGGCUUGACAGCCCUCGUGCGGUUAAGUAACGGUGACAUGAGGAAGGCUUUGAAUAUAUUGCAGUCAACACACAUGGCAUCCUCACAAAUAACAGAAGAAGCUGUCUACCUUUGCACGGGAAAUCCCAUGCCUAAAGAUAUUGAGCAGAUAGCGAGUUGGUUACUAAAUGAACCAUUUUCAACCAGCUUCAAAUAUAUAUCUGAUACAAAGAUGAGAAAAGGUCUGGCCUUGAUUGAUAUCAUAAGGGAGGUCACUAUGUUUGUGUUCAAAAUUAAUAUGCCAUCCAAUGUACGAGUAAAGUUGAUUAAUGAUUUGGCAGAUAUCGAGUAUAGGCUAACCUUCGCCUGCAACGACAAACUGCAGCUUGGGGCACUGAUCUCGACUUUCACGACUGCUCGGACGGCUAUGGUUGCUGCCGCCGCCUAAUUUGAACACCCACUCAGAUCCGGAAAUGAUGGGGCAGUUUAUUUAUCUUCUGUGUCUCUUUAGCUUAAAGCUCGUCGAGGAGAAUUUUUUAUGCUAGAACUGUCUGUCUGCCUGACACCUUCGGGAGGGUUUUUUAACUCGACUGUAACUGAUUGCUAUCAGGUUUAGGUGAUGUACAUGAUCGAUGCGGCAUUUUGUGCAGUAGGGAGUCAUUCACGACUCAAGUAAACACUGCUAUGAGUUAUGACAUUGGAAAAAACAUUUUGAGCAA